AACCACAUAAAAGAGAUGGGGCAAAAGAAAUCUCGCAGUCGACCCUCUAACCCCCCGCCCGCAUCGACUCCCUCUUACCCCCCGCCCCCGUCUAACCCCCCGCCCGCAUCAACUCCCUCUAAACCCCCGCCCCCAUCUAACCCCCCACCCGCAUCGACUCCCUCUAACCCCCCGCCUGCAUCGACUCCCUCUGACCCCCCGCCCGCAUCGACUCCCUCUGACCCCCCGCCCGCAUCGACUCCCUCUGACCCCCCGCCCGCAUCGACUCCCUCUGACCCCCCGCCCGCAUAUACUCCCUCUAACCCCCCGCCCCCAUCUACUCCCUCUAAUCCCCCGCCCCCAUCUACUCCCUCUAAUCCCCCACCCCCAUCUAACGCCCCGCCUGCAUCGAUUCCCUCUAGCCCCCCGCCCGCAUCGACGCCCUCUAACCCCGCUGCCACAGGAGCACAGCAAGUGAAGCAGCUCACACAUAACUAUAAAGCCAUUAUAAAGGAUUCUGACUCACCUAUCAAGGAGCCCUCCCCUAGAGAACUCCUUGAGGAGCUUCAAAAAGGAAUUUUCUUAGACGAAAUGAAAAAGAAAUAUUGGGUUGAUAAGAAUUCCAACAAUUGUUUUACGGUGUAUCCAAGAGAUCUCUCGAUCACUUGGAGCGGAGACGGUCGUUACUGGCGCUGGAACACCGUAGAAGACGGUGGUGACCGCAUUGAUGUUGCUGAACUGUUAGAUGUAUGUAGGCUAGAAGUGUACGGAAAGCUUGAUACCGCAUACCUGUCACCCGGAACUCUCUAUGAAGUUGUAUUUGUGGUCAAGCUGAAUGCUAAAGAGUAUGGAUGGGAAGAACCAGUCGAAUUCACUCUCGAAACCCCUGCUGGUGACAAGAACACUCGUAAUGUUGAUCUGAUGCAAAAGCAGAGAGGAAAAUGGGUUGAGAUCCCAGCCGGCGAAUUUAGAGCAUCGCCUGAGCAGUAUGGCAACAUGAUUUUUUCGCUCCGUCAACUUGGUGGGCAGUGGAAGAAAGGGCUUGUUAUCAAGGGUGCCGAAAUUCGUCCUAAAACUGAAAAAUAAGUUGCAUAGUACUCGGCAACUUUGCUUAUGAGCAGCGAAAUAACGUUAUAGGUUUUUUUUUUUAUUUUUUUAUUAAUGAAGCAAAAUUAGAGGAAUGCAUAUGUAAGAAAUGAUGGGACCAGAACAAUGAAAGGAAGAUAUAGUUUUAACUACUGCCCAAAAUUCAAGCAUUCCCCACAAGAAUCAAAUGCAAGUUCCAUCUGGAUUCUUCUUCAAAUUACAUUAUUUACGCAAUGCCGACACAUCCAAAGAAUUACAAAAACAGAGCUAAAAAGCAAACCUCUGCGCCAGUCUUAGGAUCGAGUUUACAAAGCUAAGUCAUUUACUACUGCAAAAAUACAAGGAAGCAUUGAGGGGUGAUGAUCCUGUCUUUUAGAGGAUGUAUAUAUGCUACGAUGCUUGCAGGAAGGGAUUCAUAGAAGAGUGUAGGACUGUGGUUGGGUGUGAUGGCUGCAACAUCACGAGACCUGGACCUUGGUUUCUUGAUUUUUUUUUUCUUUUUUUUUUUUUUUUUUUUUCUUUUUUUUUAAGAUGUUGGCAUAUUGCAUGGAAAUGGAUGGAUAUUUAUUACAGACAAGCAGAAGGGCUUGGGACUAGCUAUUGAGAGCUUAAUCUCUAAUGCAGAGGAUAGACAUUGUAUUAGGCACUAAAACAAAGGCUAGGGGCUGCAGCUAGGGCCACUACUGUUCCUACGCGGCAAGCAGAGAUGGAUAAGAUCUUGGUGCUAUCUGAAAGUGGACAUAACUGGUUGGUAAAAAGGCCAGCUAAAAAUUGGAGCAGGUCACACUUCUCCAUAGGUUCUAAGUAAUUUGCUAAAUAAUUUGUGUAAUGCUUCAAUUCUAAAACUCUAGAAGCAAGUAGCAUGCCUAUAUUGAUAAUGCUACAGAAAAUUCAUAGUUACUUGAUGUAAAGAGAGAAGAUAAAUGGCA